AAGGCACGCAUAGCGCUGUGUGGUAACGGUGGCCGGCUGGUGCCAUACGCAGGGAAAAAGCGCAGCGGCGCCUGUGGCUGUAUAGCGCGUACGUCGGGCGCACACAGGCAGUGUGGGAGCGCGCAUUGGAGACGGAGCUGGCGGAGAUCGGGCGCUUCUUGUGAUUUUGUCGAUUUAACCCUUCGGCGAGCAGAGAGAAAGGGGAAAGUAAGGCGUGAAUAACGCGGGGAUGGUCCGGGGCGCCCCUCCUCAUCACGGCCUGUGAGAGACAUGCUGCCCGGGGCCCCGGACCCCCUGGAGAGUAGAAGGAGGAGGAGGGGGAAGCUGCCGGGCCCCGGGCUGUGGUGCUGGUGGCCAUUGCUUCUGUCCGUCCUCCUUCAGCAGCCGGAGAGGGCUCAGUCCGGACCUGGCCCAUCUACUGACCCGGGACUGAACUUGUACUUGAGCGAGGAGGAGGUGCGGCGUCUAAUCGGACUUGAUGCAGAACUGUAUUACAUAAGGAACGACAUAAUUAAUCACUAUGCUCUGUCCUUCAACCUUCUGGUGCCAAGCGAGACCAACAGCCUCCACUUUACUUGGCAUGCCAAGUCUAAGGUGGAGUAUAAAUUGGGAUUUCAGGUGGACAACCCAAUGGCCAUGACCAUGCCACUGACCAACAUCUCCAUGCAGGGGGAGGUCCCUUCCUCCUUAACUGUGUUUAGGGUUGAUCUUUACUGCUCAGGAAAAAUGGACUCGGAAGUCUUGUUUCUCAUGCAGCUGAACAUCACCAUCAGCUCUGCCAAAAACAUCACAGUUCUCAACUUUAAACGGAGGAAAAUGUGCUACAGGAAACUGGAGGACAUCAAGGUGCCCGUGCUCCAGGACAAAAACAACACCAGGAUUCAUUUUGAUCCUGUCAAUGUAGCCCCUACAACUUCAACACGUGUGUUCUACAUCAGCGUGGGUGUCUGCUGUGCAGUGAUUUUCCUGGUAGCCAUCAUUUUGGCAGUUCUGCAUCUCCACAGCAUGAAACGAGUGGAACUUGAUGACAGCAUGAGUGACAGCAGCAGUUCCCAGGGUCUCUCUCAGCCCUCGACGCAGACAACACAGUACCUCAGAGCGGACACCCCCAACAAUGCAACGCCUGUCACCAGCUCCUCAGGUUAUCCAACACUACGGAUCGAGAAGAAUGACCUGAAAAGUGUAACUCUUCAGGAAGCCAAGGCAAAGGUGAAGGACAUCGCCAUCUCUCGGGAGAGGGUCACUCUGAAGGACGUCCUGCAGGAAGGCACGUUUGGCAGAAUAUUCCAUGGAAUCCUAGUGGAUGAGAAAGAUCCGAACAAGGAGAAAGCGGUUUUUGUUAAGACUGUAAAAGAUCAGGCCUCGGAAGUUCAGAUCACCAUGAUGUUGACUGAAAGCUGCAAACUUCGAGGUCUGCACCAUAGGAACCUGCUGCCCAUUGGCCACGUGUGUACAGAAGAUGGCGAGAAGCCCAUGGUGCUGCUGCCUUAUAUGAACUGGGGCAACCUGAAACUGUUUCUUAGACAGUGCAAGUUGGUGGAAGCAAAUAACCCACAGGCCAUUUCCCAGCAAGAUCUUGUGCAUAUGGCCAUUCAGAUCGCCUGUGGGAUGAGUUACUUGGCGCGACGGGAAGUUAUUCACAAAGACCUUGCUGCUAGAAAUUGUGUGAUUGACGAGUCCCUUCAGGUAAAGAUUACAGACAACGCUCUCUCUCGAGACCUCUUCCCCAUGGAUUAUCACUGUCUCGGAGACAAUGAGAACCGACCUGUACGCUGGAUGGCUCUUGAGAGUCUAGUGAACAAAGAGUUCUCCAGUGCAGGGGAUGUGUGGGCUUUUGGCGUGACCCUGUGGGAGCUUAUGACACUGGGACAAACUCCAUACGUUGAUAUUGAUCCUUUUGAAAUGGCCGCAUACUUAAAAGAUGGCUACAGAAUAGCCCAGCCAAUCAACUGCCCUGAUGAGCUGUUUGCUGUCAUGGCCUGUUGCUGGGCCCUGGACCCAGAAGAAAGACCAAAGUUCCAGCAGUUAGUCCAGUGCUUGACAGAAUUUCACUCUGCCCUGGGAGCCUACGUAUGAGAGCCAAAGGCCAUUGGAUCACAGCCAGCUCACGGACUUGCCCCCCGCUGUACAAAGCUCACCCAACACACAGUGCCUUAGGAUUCUAUAUUAGUCGCUUUUUUUGUUUUGUUCUUUUUUGUAAAAUACUUUUAUAUUAAGUAUUUUAUAGUCAUUAGAUCACAUGUUUUGUGGAAUCGGACAGACGAACGCUACACGCAAGAUCACUGAUCGCAAUCUUAUAUCGGCAACAAAACACUAUAAAGGAAUAUGAGACUGUUUCUUCGACUGACUCUUGUUACCAUAACGGACCUUAAACUUUUUUUUUUUUUUUUUUAAAUAUCAGAGGAUUUUUUUUCUCUCUUUUUUUUUUUAAUAAGCCCCCGUUCUCCAAGCGGCAGAACGAACCCAUACGGUACUUGUAGCAAUGAUACAUGAUUGGACAUCUUUAAGAUGCAUUGUUCCUUUGUGAAAGGGUAAAACCGUAACUUAUAACAGGUGCAGACGCCUCAUUAGGAACCUGUCUGUCUUCUGAUUUGUACAUAGAAAGAGGCAGUGCCCGGCUGCUGUGCAGACAUUCUGGCAGGUAUCGGGCAAGUCACACAGAUGCUGCAAGGAGGAGUUAGAAUACAAGCACAUCCGGCAGCAGUUGGAUUAGGGUACAUUCGCCCCGCACUCACUAUUGUGCUGAGCAUUUUGCUUUGGGAUAUGCAGGCUGUACGAUUCUGUAUAUUCUCUCAGGCUAUUUCCCUUGCCAGAGACCUGAUCUCAUUGUUUUACACAUGUAUUGCCACUAAGUAUUGCCUGUAGGACAUAGUCCCAUUACCCCUCAAAAACAAGUUGGGGUCAUGUGUUACUGGACAGCUGCAGUCGGAGUUAUGGGGGAUACAUUCCCCAAUUUACUUGCAGCCCUCCCACUGUUGGCAACCAACCCCCAGAAUCUUCCCUGCCAGCCUUCAGCCUAAAAGGAACUGAAGGACCUUUCCUUGAUGUAAAUACUGAAAAUAUUUACCGUUUGCUACACUGUAUGUACUUUUAUAAAUAUUCUCCCAAGGCAGAUGCCUUCUUUGCCCAAUUCUAGCUGUCACAAUGGCUUCACCACUGUAUCCGAUUCAUGAAUGAAUCCUUUCCUUGAUCUCUCCAGAUCCCCUAUUGUUCAGCAGGAAUUUGGCAAUGAACUGUUUGUAAAACAAAAAGUGAUUAGUUUUGUCUGUUUGGUAACCAUUAUUGGUCAUAUUUAUAAAAACAACAAACUGGUUUGGAGGGGGUGAAAAAAAUUCCAUAGGCAUCCAAUAGAAAUUUGUUUUCCUAAAUAUGGCCCUGGUUGUUUGGGCGGGAGUGUGGGUUUAUUCUGUUUCUGGGGGGUCUGCUAAUGUCUUGGUAGUUCUGAACUGAUUUGGUGGGACCCCCAUGUCUCUGCUCUGAGUAUUCCCAGCCAGGGCAGAGGAAGAGGCUAAAGGAGUAGGUGCUGUGUAGCUAAUGGACAUUAUCCUUCAUUAUCCUACAUAUUGCAGUGACCUUUUAUUUCACAUUUAUUUAUUUUUAUCUUUUGUUACUGUAUAAAAGUCUCCUGUACCUUUUUUUUAUCCAAUGUCUGUCUGAAAAGAAAAUCCUAGUGUUGAAAUGAUGGUGUUAUUAUUCCGCGCACUGCUGUCUCGCCCGCUUCCCAGCUACCAUUGUGGGUUGUGCCCUGCACCCCAAUUAUUUCUCUUUAUUCACUUGAAGUUAAUCUCUUGGUGUGUCAGAUCUUGAUGACACGGAAAUUCCAGUAAUAGAAGAUAAGUCCAAAUGAGCCUGUAACGUGAUUUUAAGGGUGCAGGCUGCUCAUUGGUCUGCAAAUGCAGUAUGAUUCCAAUAUCUUUUGACAUAAUAUCAAGUAAAUGGGUUUUCUACUACAUAGUAACACAUUUGUCCUUCCAUCUUUAACAUCUUGUGGCACCAUUGCCAUUAAUGAGCCCUGUAGUAACGUCAUUUAAGGACCCCUUUAGGUUCAGGAAUGGGUGUUUUAUUUAUGUCAGGGCCCUGUUUGCCCCAGAAUUCACAAGGUCCACUUGCUUCGUAGUUAUGCCCCAGUUUAAAGGGGUACUAUUAUCAAAAUAACAUUUUUACAUUUGCCUGUAUAGUCACAGUUUUGCUGGAAAAUGACAUUUACUUCAAAAUCCCACUUUUCUGCCUAUUUGUUUGUCUGCUCUACUUGCCUCCAGGUGAGUCUCCGCCUGACGGUCUGUUGGUACAGAGGCAGUGGAGGAGUUAAGGGAAUAGCACAAGACCUUGUACUGAGUUGUGUUUCCUAUAGUAACUGUAAUACAAGUAUCACUUCUCUCACUAGGCUGCAGUGUUGUAAAUCAGUAAUUGGUGAUUUAGCUAAGGAUCACUUCUAGCUAUGCUGGCAGCAGAAUGACAAUAUGCCCAUUUGCACUCAGUGGUUAAAACAAAUAAAUCCUUUUUCAGUAUUAGCCACUUUAGCCUUACUCCUUAUUUUCAGGGUUCCCUGCAUGUUUGAAUGCUUGUGCCCCUUUAAACAAGGGCACUGAAGGCUGCAAUAUUACCAGGGCUGUGGGGUCUGUAAAUAAAUCUUUCGACUCCAACUCCUCUGUUUAUGGUCCCUCUGACCCCAACUCCAGGUACCAAAAUUGCUUCCAACUCCCCAGCCUUGAGUAUUACAGUGAAAUUGGGUGGGACAACCUUAUGGCUCAGCCUACUGACCUACUGCUAGCCCACUGGCAGAACUGCCAACUCCGGCUAUAGAGUGUCGCUUGCUGGUCCCUGAAUAAGCCAAUUGAAUAAGGCCACAGCUGGCAGUUUUGCAGCCCAAUGGUGCCGAAUAUGCCUUGCCCAAGAGUGGAGCCCAGUAAGCAGGAUGUUGAUGUGGCAUUUAAUUUGUCCUCUCUGCUGCCAUCACUCACGCCUGCCAUCUGCAUGGGGCCAGUGAGUUCUGAGUGUACCCCGUGGCACAGACUCACCGCAAAGAAACAUGAAUGGGCUACAGAAAUAAUUCCAAGGUUUCAGAAAACACUUAACCAGUAAAGGCCGCCAUCAAAAGUAUAUAUUUUUUAAAGCUAAAUUAUAUUUGAUGUCUCUCCCUUUUAAUAAAUCUUUUGUACACA